AUGGACCACCUGAGCCGAGCUCGCAAACAUGCCGAACGUGCAGUGUAUCUGGAGAUUGUGUCGCGCGACCACAUGGCAGCGAUGGCUCAUUACACACAGGCGGCCAUGCACCUGGAGAGUGCCCUGGAGAUCAUCCUCUGCCGCAUUCGCACGUACGCUUCCAAGCUCGAGACGCUCAGACACUACGUGGCCUCACCUGAGCGAUGGGAGCGCAUCUCUCUGCCUCCCAGCCGUGCGCGCACCGCCGACAAGCGCUACGUCUGCGAGAUGGAGGGCCUCGUCGUCCUGGGACGACAUUGCGGCCGCUGCGUCGACGUCGGCUUUCCGGACGUCCUGCGGCAGCUCUACCAGUUCUUCCAGAUCCCGAGCUUUGGCGGCUCCCGGACGCCCCCUCGCGGCAGGCAGAAGUCUUGGAGGACCGUGCUGCUAUCGGGCCCUGCGGCCACCGGCAAGCACAGCCUAGCGAGAGCCCUGAGCAGCGGCAUCCGGGUGUGUUCCGUGUCCUACGUGUACGUGCCGGAGUUGCUGCGCAAGCCGAAGCACAACCUGGAGGUGGCCGUCAGGAGCAUCUUCGAUGCCUCCGCCGCGGUGGUGCCCGUUGUGGUCAUCCUGGACAGGGUGGACGAGAUAUGCAAUGCGGCAGCUGUGGACGCAUCCAAGGUCGUCUCCGAUUGCAUACAAGAAGUUCUCGAGGACUCGGAUGUAGUGGCCCGUCGGUACGUGGUAGGCGUCACCAAUGCUCCCUGGCUGCUCACAUCCGACGUGCAGGUGUUGUUCCAGCGCCGCGUCUACGUACCCCUUCCCGACCACACGUGCAGGGCCACCAUCACGGAGCAUCUGCUGUCGGGCUCCGACGGCUACGCGUCCUCUCUCUCCCUCGGAGACAUCGCAGACGCCACGGAAGGCUUCACGAGUACGGAACUCGCCAUGUGCCUGCGCAGCCCCUUCUAUCACAUUGACUCUCGCGAAAAGCUGAACCAGCGGUUCGUGGACCUGGUCAAGGUGUCCGGCAUAGAACCCGCGCGUUGCUGCUCCUGCGUCGGUGAGGUGCAGCCGGACGAGGAAACGACGCCGCCGUUGUCCAGUGUGUCGGAAGUUGGGCCCGCCAGUCCCAGCACAACGCCGCUCUUCCCUGUCGAUGCUGAACUGCAGAAGGCAAUCGCGGCCAUGACGAAGGUGCUGACGCAGAAUCCGAGGCCUAGACCACCGCGUUGUGGGGCCGCUGUUAGGACUUACUCAAGAUCGUCGGUGCGGAACUGUACAAUUUGCUGA